AUGUCGGAAUACUGGGUGUCAACGAAGCGGUACUGGUGUGAUCGCUGUAAAAUGUUCGUAAAGGACACCCCUUUAUCGAGAAAGGACCAUGAAGCAUCCCCGAAACAUCAGCACGCCCUCCAAAGAUUCUUGCGUGAGCUGCACAGAAACAAAGAGAAGGAAGCUGUCGCCGCUGAAAACACAAAACGCGAAGCUGAAAGACUGAACAACCUAGAAAAUCCGGACUAUGUACCGAAGCCUUUAGCUAGGCGAGCUGCGGAUUUAAUUGAGAAAAAACCGACCAAGACGAAUUCUUUUAGGUCUGAGGAACAAAAGAAGAAACACUUAGACGAGUUAGCUGCGUUAGGAGUGGCUAUGCCUGAGAGCUAUAGGAAGGAACAUGCGAUGGUUGGGGAGUGGGAGACUGUUCGGGUCAUCGAAAGGCCUGCCACACCUGAAGACCCGGAGGACGAAGAGUCAAAACGAGCCAAGCGAAGAAAGAUCGGAGACGUUGAUGAGGAUGAGGAUGAGGAGGAAGCCGAUACGAAAAACUUUAGGAUGCGCACGUUGGAGUAUCCAGGGGAUGCGGUGGCAUCGGAGAAUAUUGGCGAGAUUACAUUCAAGAAGAAGGGCAAGUCCAAACAGGCGAUGCCCACAGUUGAAUACCCGGUUCAGACUCCUGUGGCGGGUCCCGAGGGGGUCGUGUUUAAAAAAAGGGGCGCUAAAGCUGGUCCAAAAGAAGAAGUGGAUAAUGAAGCAAUUGAGAAGGCCUCUGCCCAGAUUCCUCCUACAGAAGAGAAUGAUGAUGUGGAUUCGCUAAGUCGGAACACAGACCAGGCCAAAGGGGAAGAUCAGUUAGAGAAUCCAGUCAUGAAACACGAACCCAGCGAGGACAAGACUCCAACUCCGGUAGAGCCAGCAGAGGAGGGAGUUGCAUUCAAGUCAAGGAAGGCCCGAAAUACGAACCGACGAAGAAUAUGA